AUGCGUGCCCGCACUGGCAGCGGAGAUGGCCAUAAGUCGGCAGGCAAGAAGACCGAAGAGGCCCUCAAGGAGGUUGGAGACUCCAUGAACGAGGUCUUCAAAGAUAUGAAGGAACACUUCAGCAAGUUCACCCGGCCCAGCUGGUUCGGCGGCUCGAAGCACCCCGUCGGGCACCCGGCACACGUGCCGGGCCCUGCGCCGGGCCAUCCGCAAGCGGAGUCAAGCGCCUCGGCCGCCAAGCCGGAGGAUGAUACGCCGAUGCGGCACCACUGCGCCGCAUUGGAGCGCCUUGUGGAGAUGGGCCUUUCGCCUCAGGCAGCCAAAGUGGCAGUUCGCCGCUUGGACAGUUGGCUGGUGAGCGAGGAUGGCCGCGCUGAGAUGUCCGCAGCAGAGGCCGAGGCCUUCAACUCGGGAGAGCCCAUCUUGCACGUCCAUGACCAGGUGCGGCUGGAGGGCCUCGUGAAGAACAAAGGCACCAAUGGCGCGCAGGGGGUGUUGCAGGCCUACGGCGCGGACAGCCACCGCUGGAAGGUGGAGCUGCAUGAUGGACAGGUCUUUUGGAUCCGCCCCAAGUUGCUGAAGCCCUUGCAACUGCGCCGCGGCCCCGCCGCGAUUAACUUCCGAGGGCGCACGCGGAGCGUAGCCCUACAUUGA